UGAAAAUAAAGAACCCAUAGACACAUCUGCACAGCACAUAUCUGAUAGUGAAGAACCCAUAGACACAUCUUCACAAAGGAACAACUAUGUGGAUGGCAAUGUUUUGUAUCUUGGGGAAGACAUUUCUCAGACUUGGACUAAAGUCACUGAAAGUGAUGGCACUGUCACAUUUUACAAUGGCAAAGUACCUAGAUUACUCUCAGACGCUAAUGGAGCAGCUAUUACAUCUUACUCAUUGAUAGACGAUGAUCAGGAAAAUGUUUCAGAUUCAGAGGAUGUUACUUCAUCUUGUUCAGGGACUUCAGAUUUUGUGACUUGAAAUAGCCUCAUUGGUUAUAUUGUAAAUCAGUCUCAACAUGAAUGUUGUAUAAAUGUUUUAUUCUAUUGUGUAUUUUUCACAAGUGAUAUUCUAUGAAGUUUGGAGCUUUAGUUGAAUAUUAUUUUGGGAAAAUGUCAAGGAUAUUCAAUUCUACAAUAUGUAAAAAUAUCAAAAUUGUCCGAAGCAGGCGUAAUGUGCAGUAGACCGAUUCAAUAGAAGACAAGUCUUGGUUUGGUGAACAAAGUUUAUCAGUCUACUG